AUGAAAGCAAUGCACUACGGUCGUGUCUCGUUGGCCCUGUGCAUCACACUCGUUACGAUCCAGUGGACCGGUGCCUAUAUUGUCGACCCCGGUCCGGUCGUGAAGGCUACUAAAGGAGAAAUAUGGCCCAAACCGAGGAACCAAACUACGACUCAAAAAUAUUACACCAUCAAAACGGGAUCAUUUAGUUUCCAGUCCAUGAAUUUCAGUUGUGAUUUGUUGAACAAAGCGCUAGAUCGUUAUCAAAAACUUGUACUUGCUAUCGGCAACACUACUCGUCGAGCAAUGGUCAACAGAGGCUACUCCUUCCAAGCGAACAAUGCGUGGCGUGCGAACAACGAUGGACAUCGGUCGUGGCGGUCGGAUUUAAACAGGGUUGGAUAUGUUGAACAAGUCAAGGUGGAUCUAAAGGCUCCCUGUGAAGCUUUACCAUAUCUUUCGAUGGACGAGGAAUAUACAAUCAUCAUUGACGACUCUCAGGCACUUUUGUCCUCCUUUUCCGUCUGGGGAAUGCUGCGCGCAUUGGAAUCUUUUUCGCAAAUGGUUGCCCUUUCGGAUGAUGGCAGCAUGUUACGCAUUAAUUUCACAACGAUUUACGAUGGUCCUCGCUUUUCGCACCGUGGCUUGCUCGUGGAUACAUCGCGCCACUUCAUCGAUACCUACACGCUGGUAAAAAUUCUCGAUGGCAUGGCAUACAACAAGCUAAACGUGUUUCACUGGCACAUCGUGGACGAUCAUAGCUUCCCUUACGAAAGUCGAAUUUUCCCAGAGCUAAGCCAGCAAGGUGCGUAUCACCCGUCCAUGGUGUACACCCAGGCGGACAUUGCAAUGAUCAUCGAGGAAGCAACACUGCGCGGUAUACGCGUUAUGCCAGAGUUUGACACUCCCGGGCACACCCGUUCGUGGGGUGUUUCGCAUCCGGAACUGCUUACCGAGUGCUAUGAUCAGUACCAUGGUAAGCUCGGACCGAUGGAUCCAACGCGAGAAUCAACCUACACCUUCCUGUCCAAUCUGUUUCGUGAAGUUAUCGAAGUGUUUCCCGAUCGUUACGUCCAUCUCGGCGGAGACGAAGUUGGGUUCGAAUGCUGGGCUAGCAAUCCCAACAUAUUGGAGUACAUGAAAGAGAACCGCCUCUACUCGUUCGAAAUGCUGGAAGAAAAAUUCAUCCAGCGGAUUGUCGAUCAGAUCGAUGUGCUCAAACGCAGCUCCCUCGUGUGGCAGGAGGUUUACGUGAAUGGAGUGCGACUCCCAAACGGAACGGUGGUACACGUUUGGACCGGCAAUCGUCAGGAUCUGUUAAACAAGAUCACUCGCGAUGGGUUGCCUGCUCUGCUGUCCUCCUGCUGGUACCUGGAUCAUCUCAGCACUGGAGGCGAUUGGCGCAAGUUUUACAACUGUGAUCCGCACGAUUUCAUCGGCACGGGCCAGCAGAAAUCGCUUGUUCUUGGUGGUGAAGCCUGCAUGUGGUCCGAGGUGGUAAAUGGGAACAAUAUUUUGCCCCGCAUAUUCCCACGCGUAUCUGCUACUGCCGAAAAGCUUUGGUCGCCUGCUAGCGUUAACAAUGCGGACGAGGCGGCUCACAGAUUGGAAGAGCAAACAUGCCGCAUGAAUCAUCGUGGAAUACCGGCCCAGCCACCGAACGGACCUGGGUUCUGCAUUUGA